AUGGAGAGGAAGCAGAAGGAGUUGGAAGAGCUGAUGAAGAAGUUGGAGGAGACGAAGAUGAUGGAGACCGCGGAGAGGGAGAAGUUGGAGGAAGACAUUCGGCGCAAACAGGAAGAGGUGCAGCGCAUCCAAGAGGAGGUGCAGCUCAAGGAUGAGGAGACUCGGCGUCUGCAGGAGGAGGUGGAAGAGGCCCGACGUAAACAGGAGACGGCGGCCGCCGCUCUGAUCGCCGCCUCAACGACACCACAACACCAUCACGUCUACGAGAAUGAACACGAAGAGAAUGACGACGAACUCGUCAACGGAGAGAUAGGCGUUGCAUUCAAUAACGAUGGCGACGGCGACAGUGCUAUCGAUGUUCCGCGACCUGAAGAGGAGAGGGAAACAGAGGUGUCUAAGAAGAAGGAUCUGCAGGAACAGCUUAAGAAAUUACAACAAGACUUAGCACUUGUUAAAGACGAUAGCAAAGUGACCAAAACCGAUGUUUUACACGAAGAGAAUGUUCGACAGGGAAGAGACAAAUACAAGACAUUGCGAGACAUAAGGAAAGGCAAUACUAAACGACGUGUGGAUCAGUUCGAGAACAUGUAAACACUGUUUGAAAUAAACAAAAGUAAUUUAAAAGUGAAAUUAGUUGAUAAACAAAAUUAAAAUACAAUUCUUUUUCACACAACAAAAACAUAAGAAAAAUGAGUUGUUUUUUCAAGAAUUGCUGAUUUAGUGAAAGAAACAAUAAAAGCAUAAAUACAACACUUUUUUAAGUUUUUGACAAUUUUUCAUCAAAUGUUUGGUUUUGUUUUAAAAGCGAAUCUUUAUUUUCUUUAUAUAACGUAAUAUUAGAGAACAAAAUACACAAUAAAUAUAUAUUUUUUAUUUUUAAUCAAACAAAACAUAAUUUUUAU